UUUGUGUUAGUGGUGGUGUGAAGUAAUGUAAUUUUAUCAUACAAAGUCCGUGUCAGUUAUCUGUGAAACGGAUGUCAUCCAGAUCGCUAGACUGCUAUGUUUUGCUGCGCUAUUAAGCAAGCAUAUUGAUUAGACUUACCUACGUUGCUAACUCAGAUUCACUUGUUAGGACAUUUUUCUCGCUAACUAGGCCAGCUCGCAAACUAGCCAGCUGGACAGCUAACUUUUCUUUAAUGACAAUGUAGUGUUAAGAUUUAAGCUGUCUUGCUCAGUGCUGAAUGAUUCCAGUAGGUCGCUCUCUCGCUACUCCGGAUAAUAGCUGGAUAGCAAGUUGCCCGAUGAGAGAAAGAAAUGUCUAAUUCUGCUGUUAUGUCGCUUCAUCAAGCACUAAAAAGGUGCUUUCAGUCUUUAGAGCAAAACCAAAAAGUGUGGAAUUGUGUGCUGGAUGAGUGUGGGCCCUUGAUGAGUUCCCUGGGAAAUCUGGCGGAGCAGCUACUGGCGCUACACAACGUGCGAAUCGAGAGUACGCCUUUGGUCCGGUUCCCCGACCUUCACGAGCGCCUACGCUACAAGCUCUUACUAGCGGUGGACACCGUCCUGGGAGAACUGGCGGCGAAAAUGGGCGCUCUACAGACAGUGCGCGACGCGGUCAGUAACCAGGUGAUGACCGUGUUCCAGGUGUACGAGCAGCACGCGGACACACUCGACCUGACCACCUGCCUGCAGCGUUCUGCCGCCCUCCCCUCCAUCGCCGACAUGCUGGAGUGGCAGCAGGAUGCAGAGCGCUACUAUCGGCAGCAGUACCUGAGGAGAAAGGCUUUUCUGCAGACACUGAAGCACAAUGACCUCUCUCACCUGCAGAAGGCACCUAAGAAUUGGGAAUCUUUGGCCAUGCCCAGUGGAGAGGAUGGCAUCUCAGACACAUUGUCAAGAGUGUCCCUGUUUAUGGACUCUCCCUGAAUGUGCCUCACUGUGCUGAAUGGAGGGGCCUGCCAGCCCAAUGCACAUGCCCUGUCCCAUGUGCAGGUAUACAGCCCCAAAGGGAAUACAAAGAGAGAAAAGCAUGAGACUGGGAUGACAUCAUCCAGGAAUACUGUGCUGAAGAAUAAAAUAUAGAGGUUGGAGAGUGGGACAUCAUAAGCUGUAUUACCCCCACAGGUGGUGGCAGGAGGUGCAGAAAUCUGCCAAGGUCAGAGCGGGGGCUAAAAAAGAGGAGGGCACAAUAUGGCAUGGACCAAGGGGAGGGGAGGGAGCACCCAAAAUUGGCAGGCUGGCU